AUGACCGAAGCACAGUACGACGAGCUAUUGGCAGCGGUGAGAGGCCACCUGGAAUCCCUUCCGGAGACAUGCACGGCAUCCAACUGCCCGCAGGCUGACUGGGCGGGCUGCGUCCUGCGCAUGGCCGGCCACGACUUCAUGGACUUUGCGAAUGGACAAGGGGGCUCCGACGCAUGCACCGAUAUGUCUGAUCCUGACAACGGUGGGUUGCCUGCUUGUCUCUCCUCCGGCGAGCACGGCAUCUCGUUGGUGGAGGUCUACCAGAACUACUGCGCCACUGUAUCCUUGGCUGACUUCCUGGUCAUCGCCGCAGAGGCGGUGAUGAUGUCAACACGCGCGCGGCAUCUCGCCCAGGCGUCGUCAGCGCCCGCGCUCGACUUGCGGUCCUCCUUCCGCUUCGGCCGCACCACGGCGCUGAGCUGCGCCUUCGCCGAAGGGCGCCUGCCGAACCCCGAGCGAGGCUGCACCGCUGUGGAG